AUGACUACUCGACGAAGACGAGGCAAUUCUGAUUCAGACCAAUCUCAUUUUAGUUAUUCAAUUCAAGAGUCAACUGUGGCAGAUUUUGCAAACAAAUCUGAAGAAGAAAUACAUAAAAUAAUGCCACGAGAUCGUACUGCUGAAUUCAAUAGUGCAGUUCGAUCCUUGCAAGGUCGACAAAUAGCAAGAGCAGUUCAAGUUAAAGAUGUUAAAAAAGUAAAAGCUCUCCAAAGCUAUGGAGAGUUUAUGAUGAUUGCCAAAAGUGUUGGUUUAAAUAUAAGUUAUACUUAUGCAAAAUUAGAAAAAUUGACUUUACGUAAGUUUUUAAAUAUACCUUAUAAAUGUAUUUUAGCACCAUAAUUUUAGUUUUAAACAUUACAAUUUGAUUAGUACCUAUUUUAGUAUAAAGAAUAUUUACGUAAAUUAAAUUGAUUUUUUUUUUUGGUUUGUAUUUAUUCAUAAAGGUUAACCAAAACUCUAACACCAAUUUUAAAACUACUUUAUGAAAUUUGGCUAUAAAAUUAACCCAAUAUAAACUCAUUCAAAUUUUGUUCAUAACAUACUUUCCUUCUGUAUUUGGAUUUUUAUUUCAAACAAUAUCUUAAUUCUUUUAUUUGUCUAUACUUAUUAUUAAAUUUCUCGAGUGAUGUACCGAUAGCAUAAAAAAAAAAAAAAAUUAUUAAUUCAAAAACUCGGCACAAGAUACUAUAAUAUAUUCUUAAUGUAUUACAAUUUGAAUCUAAUUUUCAGUUGCCAAACGAAAAUCAUUAUUCAAUGAUAGACCACAAGAAAUUCAAGAAUUGACAUACAUAAUUAAAGAGGAUUUGAAUAGCUUAAAUCAACAAAUUGCAAAAUUACAAGAAGUUGCCAAAUUACAAAAAGCUGCUCAGAAUAAUAUUGGACGGAAACAUUUACUAUCACACGAAUCUAGUGUUGUAUUAUCAUUACAAUCCAAGUUGGCAAAUAUAUCAAAUGAAUUUAAACAAGUUCUUGAAAUAAGAACCAAAGUAAGUUUUUAUUAAAUCUUCUAAUGAUUGUUAGUCUUAAUUAUCCUUAAAUAGUAUAUAUAAUUUUAGUAUUGAUGGUUAGCACCAACACACUAAAAAAUAAUAAAAUAUUGUGUUUAGAACUUAAAACAUGCCAAAUCAAGAAGAGAUCAGUUCUCUCAAGGGAGUAGUUUGUCUGCAUUAUCUGAAUCAUCAUCACUAGUGCCUAGACAAAAUUCUGUUCUAAUGUCAAGUAAUCAAUGUGCUAUCAAUAUGGAUAAUAAUGAACAUCAAGAUCAUGGACAACAGAUCACCAAACAAACACAAGCAAUGGCUAUUUAUGAUAAUACGGUAUAAAAUAGUUCUGAAUGUGCAUUCAACAAUAAAAAAUAAAUGAAUAUGAAGGAAAAACUUAGCCUAGAGUAUUAUUAUUGGUUAAGUGUAUUUACGACCAAUGAUAUAAUACCUCAGGUUAAGUGUAUUCUUUAUUUUAUUAUAUUAUUGAAUAUUAAGCUCCUAAAAAAUUUUUUAUUUUUUUUAAAUUCAAUUUAACCAUUGAUAACAAAAAAAGUCAGAAGUGUACUGUAUUUUAGAAAUGUAUGCAGCAUAUUAUUUUAUGGAAUGAAUAAUUUAGUACUAGAUCCAAAUUAUUAUUUUUAAUCUACUUUUUAGUAAGUUAGUGUCCAACAAUAAUAAAAUACACUCAAUAAAAUAAAAUUAACUAGAAUAAAUAUUUAUGAUUAUUAUUAAUCUUUCAUUAAUUAAUAAUUAUCUUAAAUGUACAACAUUUUUUAGGACCAAUAUUUAUACAGUAGAGCAGAAACCAUGCAAAAUAUUGAAUCAACUAUUGUAGAAUUGGGUGGAAUAUUUCAACAACUUGCCCAUAUGGUUAAAGAACAAGAAGAAAUGGUUGAGAGGUAAUUUUAAUUUAGAGUUUUCUUUUUGUAAAUUAAAUUUUAUAUAUUUUGGAAAUCUUAUUUUUAACAGAAUCGAUUCCAAUGUCCAAGAUGCGGAACUAAGUAUUGAAGCAGCUCACACACAAAUUUUGCGUUACUUUCAAUCGGUGACUUCUAAUCGUUGGCUAAUGAUAAAAAUAUUUGGUAUUUUAAUAUUUUUUUUUAUAUUUUUUGUUGUAUUUGUUUCAUAA